AUGAGAGAUGAAGGGUGGGAUUCCCUUUUAAAGGAUGUCACAAACUUCUGUGAACAACAUGAAAUACUGGUCCCUAAUAUGAAUGAUAAUUUUUUUGUCAAUGGGAAAUCAAGGCGCAUGACUCCUCACGUUACAAUGUGGCACCACUAUCAUGCUAACUUGUUUGUGAGUGUUAUAGACAUGUUACUUCAGGAGCUGAACAAUCGCUUUAAUGAAACAAAUUUAGAAUUGCUUCAUUCCAUAGCUUGUUUUAGUCCUCUUGAUUCAUUUCAUGCUUUUGAUCUUGACAAUGAUCUUAUAGAACUUAAACAUCAACUUAAGGUUUACAUUGUUGAUAUGCGAAAUGAUGAUCGUUUUGCUUUGGUACUACCUGUUGCAACAGCAUACAGUGGAGAGAGCUUUUCUGCGCUGAAUACCGUUAAAACAAAAUUGCGAAAAAAAAUGGGAGAUCAAUGGAUGAAUGACUGCUUGGUAACUUUUAUUGAGAAGGAUUUAUUUUCUAGUAUUUCUAAUGUUCUUAUUACUCGUCAAUUUCAAGAUAUGAAAACUUGUCGAAAUAGGUUAUAG